AUGAGACAAAACAAUUACCUAGGGCUUCGAGGGACACAGUUAAAAGCAGCCAUGAUGGUGCUUGUCGUCGCUCCCAGCUUCAUUUUAUUUGGGUACAAUAACGGAUCUACAGGAGGCAUUGCGACGCUGCAAUCAUUUGUGCAUCAAUUCCCAUCGAUUGACACAGUAAAUACCAAAGGCUCUCAAGAAACAUACAACGCUCGUGUUAAGGGAGUGGUUACAGGAUGCUACGACCUUGGUGCUGUUGUCGGCUCUCUGCUGUGUAUUGGUUAUAGUGACCGGAUCGGCCGCUUGAGAACAACGCUUAUUGGUCUGGUUCUAUCGAUCAUAGGCCUGGCUGUAGAAUCAUCCGCAUUUAGUCUUGGCCAAUUCAUUGUUGGCAGAUUGAUUGUUGGAGGCGCCAUCGGUACAAUAAGUAGUGCUAUCCCCGUCUGGCAGGCUGAAUGUUCCGGGACCGCGCAUAGAGGCGCUUUCGUGAUGCUAGAAGGAGUUUGCAUUAGUGGCGGGAUCACACUUUCGGAGUGGGUGUCGUUUGGCUUCUCAUUUUCAUCUAUUCCAGCUGUGCAGUGGCGCAUCCCGCUAGUCUUCCCCGUUAUUUUCUCCAUUUUCGUUAUCCCUUUUAUUUUUCUCUUGCCCGAGUCUCCUCGCUGGCUAGCAAGAAAAGGCCGGAUGGACGAAGCAAGAUACGUCUUGGCUGCUUUGGAGGAUGAAGAUGCGUUCUGUACCAAGAUCCAAGAAGAAAUGGCCGAAAUUGAGCGGUCACUGUCGCUGGUGAGAGGGGAUCUCAAAGAGCUGGCCACAAAUGGUGAAGAGAGACUUUUUCAUCGAACGGUGUUGGCUGCGUGUGGACAGAUGUUUCAGCAGAUGUGUGGUAUUUCAGCUUUGGUAUUUUACACAAGCACCAUUUUUGAGGACCUGGGCUUUACGGGUGUCAAAUCCCGAGUAUUGGGUGCUUGCCUCACAAAUUUCCAGACUUUUGCGUCUCUCAUUCCACUCUUUUUGAUCGAUCGGUAUGGCCGCCGAAGGCUAUUUAUGAUCACAGGUACAGGACUUGCCAUUUCAACUGCAGUUCUUGCCGGUACAGGUGGAAAGACGCAUGGCUCUGCCAGCACCGCGGCUGUCGUUUUCGUUUUCCUCUUCGACCUUUUUUACCCAAUUGGCUUCCUAGGCCAGACUUUCCUGUAUGCCACUGAACUUGCACCUUUGCGUCAUCGUGUUCCUAUUACUGCUGCGGCAAAUGCGACGCAAUGGCUAUGCCAAUUCAUCGUGGCACAAGUCACGCCGCCGGGAACAUCGAACUUAGGAAGCCAUUACUGGAUCAUAUAUGCUGUUCUGAAUGCAGCAUUUGUUCCUAUCGUAUACUUCUUCUUCCCUGAGACUAGUGGCCGGUCUUUAGAAGAAAUGGACACUAUAUUCCGGCAGUCAAAUAGCAUUUUCGAUGUAGUUAAGGUGGCUCGUGAGUUGCCUCGAACCGAGGAACACAUCACCACUCCAGUAGAGUCUGAUAAAUCGUUGACUGAGGACAAAACUGGGGUAUCUUGGAAACCAAGAUAUGACCAACAGGAAAAUGUACAUUGA